AUGUCUUCAUUAAGAGACCAAUUAACUCAAGUUGCAUCCUCCAAUGCUACUGUCGCAUUCGAUAGGAAAAGAAGGCAAAAAUUACAUUCAACUUCGUUGAUCUAUAAUCCAAAGACUGCAGCAACUCAAGAUUAUGAUACAAUUUUCGAAUUGGCUACUAAUGCUCUACAGGAAUUAAUAGAAAUUGAUCCAAAUUUUGAAAUUUUUGAAAAAACAUUGUUUUCAGAAUCUUCUAUUUCAAUCGAUCGAAACGUUCAAACUAAAGAAGAAAUUAAAGACUUAGAGCAAUCAAUCAAUGGUUUCUUAAUGUUAGCUUCUUCAAAAUGGCAUUUAACUCCUACUUUAUAUGCUACCGAAUGGUUAGUUCGUCGUUUUCAAAUUCAUAUUUUAAAUGCGGAAAUGUUUUUAUUAUCAACUUUAAAUUAUUACCAAACACCAUCAUUUAAGAGAAUUUUAGAUAUCGUUAAAUUGCCACCAUUAUUUCAACCAUUGUCAGCAUUUGUUAGAUCAGAAAAAAAUCCGACAAAUAUAACAAUGAUAAAAUUAUUUAAUGAUAAUGAUUUUAUUAAAUUAUACACCAACUAUUUGAAUAAAUGCAUUAAACAUAAAUUCACAUACACAAACCAAUUGCUAUUUACAACAUGUUGGUUUAUUAACGUUAUUGCAUUCAAUUCCAAUAAUGAAGAAAAGUUAACUGAGUUAAUUCCAAUCCUUUUAGAAGCAUCUGCAAAAUUAUUAGGAUCAACUUCAAAUGAUUGUCAAAUAGCUGCGCACACAAUAAUGGUAAUCUUUGCUACUGCGUUGCCAUUAAAUAAGAAUAUUAUCAUCGCAGCAGUUGAAACAAUCUUGGCUGGUUAUAAUGAUAAAUUAAUUAAAAAAUCAGUUCUAAUUUCCAUUUUCAAAUUGUUCCAAACUUUAAGAGGUAAUGACAAUGUUUCUCAAUUACCAUCGAAUAUUUAUACUUUGCUUAAUAAUAAAAUUUCGUUAGUUGAAUUAACUGAAUUUAUUUCAACCUCUGACAUACCAACUAAUGCCGACAAAUUUAUCACAAAGUACAUCAGAUCUGUUAUAAGAUACGAUCAUUCAAAAUUAGAUGAUAUCGUUAAAUUAUUAGAAAAAGUUGAGUUGGAAAAUUUUGAAAUGAGACAUAUCAUUACUGAUUUAAUUCAUUUAUCUGAAAUUAUUGAUGAUAAAACAAAAUUAAUUGAAUUGUUCUCAUAUUUUGUAUCAAAAAAUGAAACUCUAGUUAUUAAGUGUUUGAACUCACUAAAUAUUGCUACUGAAUUAUUUGAAAUCAGAUUAACUACUUCUUUAUUCACCGUUAAGGAUAAAGAACAAGAUAAUACAGAUGGAUUAAAUAUUAAAAACAUUGAUUCGGAAAAGGUACUCGGUAAAGAAAUUACAAUUGAACCAUUCAAAGAAUUUUUAGAAAAACAUUCAAAUUUAAUUUACACUAAAAGUUUAUCGUUUUUGACUGAAAAAUCAGAGAUUUUUAAUAAACUAUUGUCCUUAUUUAUAGAAUCAAUCGGUAAAGGCUAUUCUUCAGGUUUGUUUUUAUCCAGUUUCUUAUCUACAAUUGAAUCUAAAAUUACAUUUUUGUUAAGAGUCGUUAUCUCACCAGCAGCUUUAACGACUGUUCGUAUCAUUGCUAUUUCAAAUAUUUCUAAGUUAUUAAGCAACAUUGAUAAGGAUUCAAAUUUAUUCACUCUAGUGCCAUGUUUAGUAUGUGCUUUGAAUGAUGUCUCUAAGAAUGUUAGACAAAAUGUAAGAAAGCUAUUGUUCCAAAUUUCUAAGAGGCCUUCUACUAAACAUUACUUCAUGCUAAAAGAAAUUUAUGGGGAAAAUAAAGAAGUUCCAUUUUUAGAUCCUCAAGAUUGUUCUUCUUGGUUAUCUAAAUUUUUAGAUGGUUACUUUGUCGACAACCUUGAUUUCUCAAAGCUAUUAGUUCCAAGGGCAAAUGACAAAAUUUUAUCACUAUUUUGGGCUAAUCAAGCAUUAUUAAUACCAUUACCAUAUCCAAAAUUAGUUUUAUUAAGAAACUUAAUGAAUGUUUCCAAAACAUCCUCAUACUCCUAUCUAUUCGAAACAUUCAUCUCAUCAUACGUUGAAUCAAGAGGUACAUGGGAACAAGAAUGUAAACUAAACAAAACAAAUUUCAUCGACUUCGAGACCGUUAUCGUUAAUCUAAUAUCAGAAAAAGAGAAAAAUAAUUUCAUGAUCGAUUUUAUGAUUGAAGCAUUAAAUAGCAGUCACGAGGGUCUAGCUGAAAUCACUUCUGACAGAUUGAUAAAACUAUUCCCUACUUUCAAACCACCUGUUCAAUUACACAUCGUCCAAAGUAUUGUGGACUCUAUCAAUUCUGAUGAUGUUUCAUAUGACACUGCUGCUACACUACAGGCCCUACCAAUGAAUGCGGAUAUAUUUGUUAGUCUACUUGGCAAUGUUAGAAUUACUUCCGAUGAUGGUGUUUCUGACAUUGCAAAAAGAAGAAGGAGACGCUCUUCCACUAAUAAACCAGUAUUUCAAAGAGAUGAUGUUUCUCUAAUGGCUGAAUUACAUUUAAGAAAAUUAACUAUCUUGCUGGAGACUUUAGAUAAAUCUAAACCUGUAGGAACUGCCCAAUUAUUAUCCACAUUAUUUACUGUAUUAUCUGAUUUAGAAACAUUAGGAGAAGAUGGUGCUUUACCUGUUUUAUAUGCGCAAGAAACCCUGGCUUCUUGUAUGACAAAUACGAUUGAUUCAUUAAAAUCACAAAACUUUACCCAAUUACCGAACACAAGAGCAGAUUCAAUUAUUUCUGCAAUCAGAAAUUCUCAAUCACCUCAGGUGCAAAACAAACUGUUACUUGUAAUUGGUAGUUUGGCAACUUUAGCUCCAGAAACUGUUUUGCAUUCAGUUAUGCCUAUCUUUACAUUUAUGGGUGUUCAUGCUAUUCGUCAAGACAAUGAAUUUACAGCCCAAGUUGUGGAGAAAACAAUUCUAACCGUCAUUCCUGCAUUAUUAGAGAGCAGUCAAAGUAAUAUCAACGAAGAAAUCGAAUUCUUAUUAAUGACUUUUGCUACUGCUUUAAACCACGUUCCAAAACAUAGAAGAGUUAAAUUAUAUUUUACUUUAGUCAAAACUUUGGGCGCAUCCAAUGCCAUAGCUCCAUUUAUAUUUUUGAUUUCUCAACAAUAUUCUAACUGUAUCAAUACUUUCAAAUUGGGCGAUGCUAAGGGAUUUGUUGAAUUCACUAAAUCAUUUUUAUCUUCAUUUGACGUUGCUGAUCAAUUAAAGGGUGUCUGCCAAUUUUUUGACAUAGUAAAACUUCUAAUUUCUGCCAACUCAAACGAAAAGACUGAAAACUCUAUUUCUUCAAGAACUCUAUUUUCAAAUGGUAUUUGCAAUUAUUCUGAUCUUGAAUUAUUAUCAUUCUAUAAGAAUGCAUUUACAUUCGUUAAUAAGAUUGUUGAAGAUUCAGACUCUGAUUACUAUGAUUUCCAAAGCAGUUUAAAAUUGAAACUUUAUUCUGUAUUGUUGGACGUUACAUCAGACUCAACUAUUUUGGAGAGUAUUCAAGAAAAUUUCGGGUCAUUAUUACAAACUGUUGUUUCUUUCAUUAACGGAAGUAAAUUACUAGUGAAUAAAACCAUUAAAGAAUUUGAAGACUCCUCUUCUGAAAACGAAGUUGCCGAUUAUCAAACUGAUAUCAAAAAUACUCUAUUUUCUGUCAUGAGCAAUGUUCUAACCCUACUACCCAUCAAUUAUUUUGUUAAUUCUACCUUACCAUUAUUAAAUUCCAGCACUUCUGCUGAGAUAAGAUAUAACUUAACAUCUGUCAUUGGCAAAAAAUUUGAAUCUGAAUCAAGUAAAGCUGUUGACUCUGUCAAAAUUGUCAUUGAAAUGUUGGUCAAUAGGGUAGAAACAGAUAAAUCGGAUGCUAUGAUGCUUCAAGUUGACUUAAAAGUACUAUCAUCUUUGGCUGCUAAAUUUGGUGAAAAAUUAGAAGGCUCUACCAUUACUAAUUUAUUAUCUUUAGGAACUAAUUUGUUACAAAGUGACAAAUUCGAAGUUAAAAUACCAUCAUUGAAUUUGAUAACUAACUGUAUUCAAAUUCUAGGUAUUAAAUCUUUGUCUUUCUAUCCAAAGGUUGUUCCACAAUCUUUGGUAUUAUUCAAAGAGUUACAAGAAGGUACAAAUACAUACUUAAGACCACAACUACAGUUAUCCAUAUUGUUAUUAUUUACAGCCAUGGUGAAACGUAUUCCAAGUUUUAUUACAUCUAACCUUUAUGACUUAAUUGAUAUUAUUUUAUUCUCUAACGAUGUUGAAGUUUCCUCUAGAUUAUCAGUUGUCACUUUAAUGAUUGAAAAUAUUGACCAAAAAGAAAUUUUGAAAACAUUGCACAAAAUUUGGAUUAAAAAACUGUCAAAAUCGAGUAGUUCUAUAAGCAUAUCUCUAUUCUUAAGUGCUUUAGAAUCAACUGUUGAAUCUAUAAGUAAGAAAUCUGCUACUUCUCAAUCACCAACAUUCUUUAAGUUAAUGCUAGCAUUAUUUGAAUUUAGAUCAAUUUCUGAGUUUGAUAAUAAUACUAUAAGUAGAAUUGAAGCAUCUGUGCAUCAAAUUGCAAAUAGUUAUGUGUUAAAAUUAAACGAUAAAGUUUUCAGACCAUUAUUUGUCAUUGUGGUUAAAUGGGCUUUCGAUGGUGAAGGUGUAACAAAUAAAGAGAUAAAAGAAGUGGAAAGAUUGAUUGCAUUUUACAAGUUUUUUGGUAAGUUACAAGAAAAUCUGAAGACUAUUAUCACUUCCUAUUUUACUUAUUUACUAGAACCAACAAACGAGUUACUAAAAAGAUUUAUUAGCCGCGAUUUAACAGAUGUAAAUUUAAGACGUUUAAUUUUAAUCUCGUUAACAUCUUCCUUUAAAUAUGACAAGGAAGAUUAUUGGAACUCAACUUCGAGAUUUGAAUUAAUCAGUACCUCUUUGGUCAGUCAACUAUCUAAUAUCGAUAAUGUCAUUGGUAAUUAUCUGGUCAAAGCAAUUGCUUCUUUAACUACUAAUAAUGGUAGAAUUGACGAGCAUAAUAAGAUCAUGCAUAACCUAUUAGUCGAACAUGUGAAAUCUUCUACUAGAUCUUCCGAAAAAUUAUGGACCAUUAGAACGAUGAAACUAAUUUACAGUAAGGUUGGUGAACAAUGGUUAAUUUUACUACCUCAAUUAGUCCCAACUAUUGCUGAAUUACUAGAAGAUGAAAACGAAGAAGUUGAAAACGAAGUGAGAACUGGUCUUGUUAAAGUUGUUGAGAAUGUUCUAGGUGAACCAUUUGAUAGAUACUUAAGUUAA